AAAAAUAAAAACUACAAAUAAAACAGUAAAAAUAAUUUACAAAUUUUAUGAAAAAUGGGUGUUUGUAUAAUUGAAGACGAUAUCUCAUCAGAUUCCUACGAUGAAGAUUGUACGACUUGCUGUAGCAGCAGUAGCAGAAGCAGCACCGGAGUGAAUAUUCAUAAAAAUAAAACCGCAAAGCCAAAAAUGGGUAGUUUCUAUGAAACGAAAACUGAAAUACUUAACAAUGCAACAACAACUACAACGACAACAACACCGUUAGUAAACUUCCUACGUCCAUCAAAGGAUCUUGUGGGCAAUUGCAAGGAAUUUCGCAUUGAAAAUAAUAAAUGCGAUUUACGCGUAAUUGGGAAUGGAAAUCGUUUACGCAUUGGGAAUAAUGAAGGCAGCAUACAAGUGAUUGGCAAUAGCACAAGACUGAAGAUCAACAACAACAGUGGUUACAUUAAAUACACUGGCAAUGAUGGUCGUGUUACACUCGGCAGUGAGUCUGCACAGCAGACUGUAGAUUACAUCGGCUGCAAUGGUAUUUUGAAAAUCAUAAAUGCCAUGCAGUUGAGCACCGUUCAGCGUAAUAAGUGCAAGAAGGCUAAAACCAGCAGGGACACUACGCACGGUGCAUGCGGUAUGACAGAAACUGUGAUUGAAUCAAACGCGGCAUCUUUCAAGCUCAGAGGCAAGUCUGCUUCAUAUGGUGGCGCUGAGAGUAAUUGUAAGUUGAAUAAUAACAGUCCAGCAACUGAUAACGCCACACAGUGGCAACAAUUCAAUAAUGUUUUUACGAAAACCUUUAAAAACAAAAACUUAUCUUUACCAAAUUUAAAGGAAAACAAUUUUAAUAAAAAUUGGUGUAAUUGUAAUGGUAGCAAAUCUCAGAAGAAUUGCAAUAUUAGUAAUGACAACAAAAAUAAUUCAAAAAACAAUAGCAAUAAAAUUAGAAGCAACAACAUAAAUGUUAGCAGUAACAUAAAUGUUAUUAACAAUGUUGGCAACAUCGUUAUCAGAAAUUCGGUUAAUGUUAAUAUAUAA